AGCGUUUGCAAAACCCUUCUCUAAUAAACCCCAAACUCUCUCUUAAACGCUCUCAUUCAGAAUCUCAAACAAAGACCAAAGUGGUAAGUUGUUCUCUCUCUCUCUCUCUCUCUCCACCUGCAAUCUCAAAUAUCAAAGGCUCAUAACGGUUCUACUCACUUUCUCUCACUAAAUGAUGGCUGAUGAUAUUGAGUCUGAUGCAUGCAUUGAUUCCAAAAGCAGGAUUACAGAGAUGGAAGAAACUCUUUUUCCUCAACAUCAGGAAUCCUUGGAUUCAAUUUCUACUGUUUCUACACAAGAGAGUGCGAAAGAAUCAUCUUUGAUUGAUUCAUCUACUAAAGAAGAUAUCCCCAGUCUCAGUUCCUCCAAGAAGGUUAAGUGCUCUUUUACUGAACCUAGUGGAAGUAGUGAAGAGAAUCAAGGAAUAUUAGGUUCUGAUGGUGAAGAAAAGGUCAUUCUUUGUGAUUUGGUUUCUGGGUCUCUUGGAAGUGAAGGGAAAAGUGAAGAUUUUGUCAGAAAGAUUGAGUCUUUUGAUGUGGAGUUGCAAGAAACAAAGAAUUGUGAGAUGGGUUUUGACACUGAUGUUAAAAAUAGGCAAGAAAACAUUGAAGGGACUGUUAAAGACGUGGUAGGAGAGAAAGAGAAAGAAUUAGUUUGCGUGAAAAGUGAAAUGGGUUUCUCUGUUGCUGAGAAAUUUGAUAAACAUGGAGUAGCAAUAGGUUCUUUCAUUGAAGAAAAAAAGGAGGAAGAGCAGAGUUUGCUGGAAGCCAAGAAGAAGCAAUUAUUGACAAAAAUUGAGACUGGUUCAAUCUUUAAAGACAAGAUCCUAGGGGGUCUUGAAGGAAUUGAUGAACCCAUUAGACGGUCCCUGAAGGUCAAAGUAAUUGAUGAUACAGCAGUGCUUGAAGCAGUUCCAAUCCCCAAAACUGGUAAUGGUGAAAAUAAGAAGCAGAAACAAGAAGUUGAUGGAAAGAAGUUGAAACUGCCCAGAAGAAAGGGAAAGGACGUGAAAAAUGUUUCUGAGACUAGUGAGAAACAGAAGAAAACGACCCAAGUCGGCAAAGCUGUAAAUAAACUAAGCCUAGUGGGUGAAGCUCAAAAUGAGAGCCAAAAGAAUGGACACCCUCUAAGGAAGUACUCAAGGGAGGAGAUGGAGGCCCUAAGGUUUGUGAACGUUGUAGAACAGCGAAAACUAUGGAGGGACACAUACACUGGGCUUGGAGAUGCUGUUGUAAAGGAGUAUGACGACUUGGCAGGCUCAAGGCAUCAUAAGAACAUUCACUUGAACUUCGAUCCUCGUCAACACUAUGGGAAGAAGGAGGAUGCCCGUAGGACUCUCAGAGAAGUAUCUUCUGAAAAUGUGUGUGACUUGGAUAGUGCCAGUAAUGAGAGUAUUGGGAGUGAAGAAGUCAAUGCCUCUUUGGAAGCAGCAUGCAGUGAAGAAGAGGACAGUGAUGAAGAUUAUGCUAGUGUCCAGAGACCUGCUUUUCUUGUAGAAGGAGAACCAGAUUUUGAUUCUGGACCUCCAGAGGAUGGUUGGGAAUAUCUUAGGCGUGUCAGAUGGGAAGCUGCUCAUAUUCCAAAAGUUACAGUGGCCAAGCUUGAUAGGAGUAAAGGUAGCAAAGAACAAAGUGUUUACAUGCCUCAGAUUCCUGAGAUUGCAAAGUGCCCAGAACAUUUAAUGCCAUUGAAGCAGUGGGAGGAAGCAUUUCUUGCUGAUUUUUCAGAGCUUCGGAUGGUUUUAUCAGGCAAUGAGGGUUCCUGCACCGAACUUUCUUAUCGAAUGCAACAUGUGGCUAUUACUCAUGAGCAGAAUAAUUCCUCCCCUCAGCUUGCUGAAUGUGUCGUUCUCCAAAAAUUUAACCUCAUAUCCGAUGACGUCAAUCAUGCCAAUGAUCAGCCAUCUUCAUCAAAUGCUGAAGACGGCAAAAUAUCAGCAUGUUCUCAGAAUUUAUCUAGUAAAAAUUCUGUCAGUGAUGAUUCUACAUGCAACUACCCUACAUUGUCUGCGAUUUUUGGAAUGGAUUCUGUUACACGAGUAUUGAUGCUGAAGAAAUGCAUUGGCUUGGCAGAAACAAGGAGCUCACUUUCGAAAAAUGAUUGUAUGUGGCUUUUUGCUUUAUGUGCAGCAGUUGAUACUCCAUUACAUGCUGAUACUAGCGCUGCUUUGCGGAGCCUGCUCCGAAAGUGUGCUAGCUUGCGAGCUGCCAAGUCUGAACUUGAUGAUGAGGUUAUAAUGCUGAACAUUCUUGCUACAAUAUCUGGCAGGUAUUUUGGGCAAUCUGAAAGCUAAGCUAGUUUACUUAAUGUGCUUGGCUUAGUUCCACUUUAUGGAAGACUGUCUGUAACACAAUCUCACAAUCCCCCGGACCAUUUUUUGUUGGCUUGGCCCAAAUUUUACUGGCAUUCUUGUGUAGAACUAGAGUGGUUGGUUUUGACCUUAAAACAAAUGAUGUUUUUUCACAAUUAUUGGUAAUGAGUGAAAAGUUUCAUUCAUGAUUUUUCUUUGUUAUCUCAGACAAAAAAAUAAAGUUUCAGGGCGUUAUCUUUUCUUGUUUCA